CCGGAAGUUGCUAUGUCUCGCAUCUGUUAGCUUUCCCUUAAGUAUGACAGAGGGCGGCGUAAGAGCAGAUUUCAGACCGGUUUAUCGCCGACGCUGAGGAGGACGCCGAGGUAGCGAGCCUCUUGUAUUUGUUUGAAAAAGUUGAAAUCGGGAUUGUCACGUUAAAUAGGCGUGACAGUAAACUCAGCAGCCGAGCAGUUACAACGCCAAAGUCCGGAGUUAGGACAUUUCAUUCAACUUUAAUCUGCCAGUUUAUGUAGGGUCAGGUGUAGUGGGGAGACAAGAAGAAGACUUCUAACCGACGGGACACCGAAGCGGCCCGGUUCGACUUCACCGAACGAAGCCGGGAAGAAGGUAUCACGAACGGCGGAGCUUGGCUGAUGCGUGCGGGGCCAGCGGAACCACACUGAACGUUUUAAUCUACGAGGAUUAUUGAUCAUAAAGUGCCGGUUAAUCCGGGCAGACACCCCCAUGAAUGGAAAUCGGAACAACAGGAGCCGUUGGAGCCCAAGCGCUGUUCACAUUGCCACGGCGACCGGGCUAUGGCACCCUUGGAAAAUCCAUCAAGCUUCUGGCCAACUGUUUUCAGGUGGAAAUCCCCAAGAUUGAUGUCUACCUGUAUGAGGUGGACAUUAAGCCUGAUAAAUGUCCGCGGCGGGUCAACAGGGAGGUAGUGGACUCCAUGGUGCAGCAUUUUAAGGUGACCAUCUUUGGUGACCGGCUGCCAGUUUAUGAUGGGAAGAAGAGCCUCUACACUGUGAGCCCACUUCCUGUCGCCACUGGUGGGGUUGAUCUGGAUGUCACCCUGCCAGGUGAAGGUGGGAAGGACCGACCUUUUAAAGUCACAAUUAAAUUUGUGUCAUUAGUCAGCUGGCACAUGCUACAUGAAGUCUUGACAGGACGUGGAGCACCAGGGCCACUGGACCUGGAUAAACCUCUGAGCACUAACCCUGUUCAUGCUGUGGAUGUUGUCCUUCGGCAUCUGCCCUCCAUGAAGUACACCCCUGUUGGAAGAUCCUUCUUCUCCUCCCCAAAGGACUAUGACCAUCCACUAGGUGGAGGAAGAGAAGUUUGGUUCGGCUUCCAUCAGUCAGUACGGCCAGCCAUGUGGAAGAUGAUGCUAAAUAUUGAUGUGUCAGCCACAGCUUUCUACAAAGCCCAGCCAGUCAUUCAGUUCAUGUGUGAGGUUCUGGACAUUCACAACAUUGACGAGCAGCCACGCCCCCUCACAGACUCCCACAGGGUCAAGUUCACCAAAGAGAUCAAAGGUCUUAAAGUGGAAGUGACACACUGUGGAACCAUGCGUAGGAAGUACAGAGUCUGCAAUGUAACACGGCGCCCUGCCAGCCUCCAGACAUUUCCAUUGCAGCUUGAGAACGGUCAAACAGUUGAGCGCACAGUGGCUCAGUACUUCAGAGAGAAGUACAAUCUGCAGCUGAAAUAUCCCCACCUGCCUUGUCUGCAGGUGGGACAGGAACAGAAACACACCUACUUGCCUCUAGAGGUGUGCAACAUUGUAGCAGGACAGCGCUGUAUUAAAAAGCUAACGGACAACCAAACAUCAACCAUGAUCAAAGCCACAGCCCGCUCUGCACCAGACAGACAAGAGGAGAUUAGCAGGCUGGUGCGGAGUGCAAACUAUGAUGCCGACCCAUUUGUCCAGGAAUUUCAGUUCCGUGUGCGGGAUGAGAUGGCUCAGGUGACGGGUCGCGUCCUGCCAGCCCCCAUGCUGCAGUAUGGUGGCAGGGUGAGCUCUGAACCCUUUAUGAACCGCACGGUGGCCACACCCAGUCACGGGGUUUGGGACAUGAGAGGGAAGCAGUUUCACACUGGAGUGGAGAUCAAGAUGUGGGCUAUUGCCUGCUUUGCCACCCAGAGGCAGUGCAGAGAAGAGAUCCUCAAGAGCUUCACUGACCAGCUGCGGAAAAUCUCAAAGGAUGCUGGGAUGCCUAUCCAAGGCCAGCCAUGUUUCUGUAAAUAUGCCCAGGGAGCUGACAGCGUGGAGCCCAUGUUCAGACACCUGAAGAACACCUACGCUGGACUACAGCUCAUCAUCGUGAUCCUACCUGGCAAAACACCAGUCUAUGCUGAGGUGAAGCGGGUGGGUGACACCCUCCUCGGCAUGGCCACCCAAUGCGUGCAGGUGAAGAACGUAGUAAAAACGUCCCCUCAGACCCUCUCUAACCUCUGCCUCAAGAUCAAUGUCAAACUGGGAGGCAUCAACAACAUUCUGGUUCCACAUCAGCGACCCUCUGUGUUUCAGCAACCUAUCAUCUUCCUUGGGGCUGAUGUCACUCAUCCUCCUGCAGGAGAUGGAAAGAAGCCAUCUAUUGCAGCGGUGGUAGGCAGUAUGGAUGCCCACCCCUGCAGGUACUGUGCUACAGUGCGGGUCCAGAGGCCUAGACAGGAGGUCAUCCAGGAUUUGGCCUCUAUGGUGCGAGAGCUCUUGAUCCAGUUCUACAAGUCGACCCGCUACAAGCCAACAAGGAUCAUUUUCUACAGGGAUGGAGUGUCAGAGGGCCAGUUCAGACAGGUGCUGUACUAUGAGCUGCUGGCCAUCCGGGAGGCAUGCAUCAGUCUUGAGAAGGAAUACCAGCCCGGGAUAACUUACAUCGUCGUGCAGAAACGCCAUCACACGCGCCUGUUCUGCGCAGAUCGCACUGAGCGGGUGGGACGAAGUGGAAACAUUCCUGCCGGCACCACAGUGGACACAGACAUCACCCACCCAUACGAGUUUGACUUUUACCUCUGCAGUCACGCUGGAAUCCAGGGUACCAGUCGUCCUUCUCACUACCAUGUACUGUGGGAUGACAACUGUUUCACCGCUGAUGAUUUCCAGCUCCUCACCUACCAGUUGUGCCACACCUACGUCCGCUGCACACGCUCUGUGUCCAUCCCAGCACCUGCCUACUAUGCUCACCUUGUAGCCUUCCGCGCUCGCUACCACCUGGUCGACAAAGAGCACGACAGUGCGGAAGGCAGCCAUGUCUCAGGGCAGAGUAACGGCAGGGACCCCCAGGCUCUGGCCAAGGCUGUUCAGAUCCACCACGACACACUGAGGACCAUGUACUUCGCCUAAACACCCCCUCCACUUCACUCCACCUCCCAGUUACUCAGCCAGUCUUAGUGCCCAACUUCCUCCUGAUCCGGAGCGACUCUGUGCUGGCGCAGCUUUGCUGAAGCCAGACAACGACGGCGGCCAUGUAGGGACGUUGUAGAGGAGUCCAGCCACGUUAUGUAAUCUAAAACCAGCCAAUAGUUUGUCUGCUCCGGACCUCCAUCUCAUUCUCCUCGUGAGCCAUGUCCUCGCCUUCCGCAUUUUACAGACACUCAGUUUUAUUUUUAUGGGAUUAUUUUGGGUUUUGAAGAAUGGUGGAGCAGCCAGUAAUCAAAAACAUAUAUUUUUGGUGCAUUGGUGGUAGAAUCAGAGGACCUGACCUGCUUUGUAACCUCAUGUUGAGCCUAAUAUUUAUGUUUGUUCUUUGGCUUUCUAGAGCCUGUCUGUGUUGUUUCUCUGAGCAAAUGUGUGAUCGACGUGGCAGCAUGUUAGCUUUGGCACCUUUUUUGUUUUUUGUAAAUGGGCGGGCUGCCUUAGUGGUUACUCUUCUGUCUCCCUUUAAGCCAGUUCUGUGUGGUUCCUCACAGUCUGUCAGCCAGACAGUAAGCAGCAUAACUUUGCACUCUACCAACACAGACACUGAAUGAAAUCUUCAUUUUUCUAAGCAAAGCCACGUACAGCCGUUUUGAGGCAUUGUCGUUUGUCGCCUUAUUGUGAGGCGAGGUGCAUAAACAGAACUAUAAGAUUCAAAGUCAUGGCCAUGAAAUGGACUUUGUUCUUGUUUGUCUGACUAUUUAUGAUUUUUCUUUUUCCUUAACUUAAAUUAAGAAUAAUUUACAGCAAUAGUGUGUAGAUGACCACAAACCUUUGGACUUUUCCCAGUUUUUACUUUUAAAGAGAGGGAAAAAAAAAACUGACCGAUUCAGUUGUGAAGAACUCCUUCAGUGCAAUAAUGUGUUAAAAUGGAGAGAGCAGGUGUGUUUUCAUGAGUAUUUGUGUUGUUCUUAAUGAGAUCUGGGAAGUGACAAUGAAGUAGGAAUCAGGAAUGUGCAGUAUUUGACAUUCUGGUGACCGUGUAGGACUGAUGUCUCAGACGCGAGGCUCGGUCGUGGUGAGGUCUGAUUGUGUUUGAGGAGGAUUGUUUUGUUAAAGUGCCUGAUUUGUUUAGAAAUUGAACAGCUGGUAGGAUGGAAGGUGUUUUUUGAAACGGUUUGGGUGCCUCAAAACCGACAAUUUGUUAACAACACACACAGCACACUGGAUUGUAGAUGAUCCUACCGCCAGCCAUGUGUGGUGAUUUGUAAUGUUUGCUGCAGGUUUUUUGUUUUGGUUUUUUUUUUUUUUUUUUUUUUUUUUUUUUUUUUUUGUUAAGUCACAGUUCUGAAUAUGAAAAAUGUUUGAGGUCCUACCGACUCAUCAUGUUAACCAGGAAAAAUUGUUUUCAUGAUUUUUACAGCUUAUCAUUUUUUUAUUUAUUUUUUUAUUUUCGGCACAUAGAUGAUUUGAACAGUAAUUGUACUUGACCGGCUCUCAUUGGUCAUAAUUUUUUCUAAAUGGUGCUUUUGGUCUCCUGGUUCCAGACCUCCAAAUGCAUUUAAUUUGGUUUAUUUGCUAAAGAAAACCUCUACAUCAGCUAAAAACAUCAAAAAUACACUCACCGUUCACCAACCUGGUUUUCCCGAUGAUGAAAUCAUCAAACUCAAGGCAGCAGCUUUGAUUCUUAUUUUUCCGUUUUGAUAAUGUAUUUAACAAUCUCAAACGAGAUUAUGAAUUUUGUGUUUGAGAAGGAUUCGCUGUCCCAGCGUGUGAAAUUCAGCUUCUUAUUGCUGGUUUGUCUCAUUUGUUUUCACAAACAAAUUUGGAUUAGUGCAGCUACAAAGGCCAUAUUUUCAGUCAUUUGCAUGUUUAAAAAAAGAAAAGAAAAAAAAUAUCAGAAGUCUGUAAAUUCUGAGGGCAAUGUAUCAAAUUUCUUUUGUUGGACCAAGAGUCUAAAAUCUCAAUAUGUAUGGUUCAUUAUCAUGUACGAUGAAGAACGGUAACACGUUUUCCUUGAAAUAUGAAAUUAAAUAAAAAUGCACAACGCAUCAGCUGCUAUUGGCCCUGCUGACUGAUCUCAGCAGCUAUAAUCACUGAUGCAGGGCCAGUAUUUAUCUGGUGCAUCUCGUCUAUUUUGAGCUAGCCAAACAUGAAAAAUUUAUGGAAAGAGCUUUGUUUAUUUAAAAGAAGAAGAAAUAAUGACAACAAAAAACAGUAUCUGACAAGUUGAUAUAAAUUGGUUCCAAAUAAUCGACUAAUCGUUGCAGUUUGAGUGCCAAGACGACACUUUUCUCAAAAGCAGAGUUAUCUUUACGACAAGGUUUUUUUUUUUGUUUUUUUGUUUGUUUGUUUUGGUUUUUUUUGUUGUUGUUUUUUUUUCUUCUUCCUUCUCUUCUGGGGUUUUUUUUUCCCCUCUAUUUGGACUUGCAGGUGGUGAUGUUGACAUCUUUAUUUGUUUAUUUUCUACCUUUAGUCCGUCAUUGACGUCUCUGCGCUGCUGCUAUUGUUGGACACCCAGCCCCAUGCGGGCUGUUGCUAAUCUCAAACCUUCAGUUUACUUUAACACAAAUGAAGCCUUCAGGUUUCAUCCCUUGGACCAAACCGAUGUGCCUGGUCAGAGUGCUGACGCUCUCCUUGCCACGUGUCACCAGAAUCAGCUGCUAUAAGAAGAGGUUUAUUUAAUAUUUCAGCAGAUAGACAUAAAUGCUGUUUAUUUAUACACAAAAAGCGAAAAGGAUAUUUUACUGCACUUAACAGAAGUUCACGAGGGAGAGAAGUGCUCGUGUAGGUUUCUUUAAAUGUUUGACCGAGGCUGUUUCUUAAUGUCAGACAUUACCAGCAUUUGUUUUGUUUGUUUGUUUUUUUGGGUUUGUUUGUUUUUUACUUGAACAAUGGCAAAAGUAAUGGUGGGCAUAUUUAACGUUGUUUGCUGGUGCUCUGCUCGUCUCUGUAAGUUGACCUUUAGACAGCCUUAUUACAGGAACCCCCUUCUCCACUAGUGAUGCCACGGGACUUUGUGUCUUACGGUGACAAGACAUCAGAUGCCCUUUUUUUUUUUUUUUUUUUUUUUUUUUUUUUUUUUUUUUUUCCCCUUUUAAAGAAAAAAAACAUUUAUAUUUAAACUUAAUAAUGAAAUGCAUGUAUUGCUUAUUUUUCUAACAAAAUCCUAUUUGAAGCAGAAGCCUAAUAACGUAGAGGUCUGCGAUAACUUUCCAAAUUUAGGUUUACGUAUGUGAUCGAGGUUUGUGUUAUCAUAGAGCGAUCGGAUGAAUCCUCAGCCCUCCUCACACUGUUUGUGUUAUCAUCUCAAAAGCUCAUCUGAGAAGCUUUAGGACAUUGACUUUUAUUCAUAUUCAUAUACUAAACUUUUUUCUUUUACAUAUUAAUGAGAGGAGGUUUUAUUUUGAGGGGGUCUUUCCUGUCCGUUACAGACUGUGCCUUUUUCUGAUGGUGCUGGAAAAAAAAAAAUGUUCAAAAAGUGCGCUGAGCCCAGAGUCUACAAUAAUAAGUAUAUAUUAAUACCUGAAAAUACUGUUGUGUGUGUGUGUGUGUGGAUACCUCUGACAUGUAUGCCAAGAACACAAAAAUAUGCAGAAUUUAUCCGUUUUGAGCUGUCAGGACCAAAAGGCCUGCGGGGAUUGGUUUAUUGGACGGGCACUCAAGCACAACGUAAAACCAAACAUUUUUCAGUAAUAUAAAUCAUAACUUGGGCGGGGAGCACUCACGACUCGUAGGUAACGAAUAUCUCAGUGUAGACAUGAUGUAGCAUAUUUAUUUUUCUGUGAGGCGUAAUGCAUGUUAUCCUGGGUUGGCGUUUUGAGUUUUGUGUGUUCGUUCUUAAAUGGACAGCAAUAAUGAAGCAGCUGUAAAAUUUCUGUGCAAUCGGUUUGGCCGGCCUUCCUUUUUCUCCGUGUUUGCGUGUCACUGUCUGAAAACUUCAUUUUGUUUUCGAAUGUGAAAUUCAGACGUUUACAGACUUGGACAAAGAGCUUUCGUUUCUCCACGAGUGCCCGUCUCCCAUGUUAAGGGAUUCCCCACAAAAUAAAUGAAUCUUUAGACGCCUCUGAAGGUUGGCUGCAUAUCAUUCUUGAAGAAAAAAAAAAUUGUUUGAGUUUGAGAAUCUGUUAUUGUUGUUGGGUUUGUUUGUUUUUUUUGUUUUUUGCCUGAUUUAUGAUAUUAUAGAAGUACAACUGUAUGUUCAAGAACUUUUAAAGUUUGUCUUAACACUCACCUGAUCCUGGUCCUAAGUUGAGCCUUUUUAUUUGUCAUAUUUAAUUUUUGAAAUAAAUACUCUGUAUAAAA